GCGGACCCCUCCAACACAAAUCGGUGAUGUCGUGCGAUGACUGAAUUGACCUGAAUUGGUUGUUGGAGGCUUUGUUUUGUUGCAGCUUGUGUCGUCCGCAGUACUGCUCGAAAGAAGCCUUGACCAUCUCGUUGAUUUUAGCUGCCAUGUCCUACGACCUUUCAGACCAGCUGCCCAUGCAGUGCACACACUGUGGCUUUCAGUGUGCCAACCGGGCAGAGUCCUGGAUCCACACCGAGGAAACUGGACACACACGGUUCAGGGGAACAAGUCUUGCGGGAGGUGACGACCUUCAGCGCACGAUUCUGGAAAGCCUGGCCUUGGGCGAUGCGGCUUCGCUGGAUCCAGAUUUCAUGACGGCUCUGCAGCUGUCUCUGGAGGAUGCUUCUCGUCCUGGCCACGAUGACCACAGACCUCGGCCAAUGACAUGCAACAGCUGUGGACAUCGUUGCAGCAGCCGUGCAGAGUCCUGGGCGCAUACGGAGGAGACCGGACACAGCUCCUUCAGGGGCAGUGGUGGCAAUGGUCAGGAUGACAGAUCUCCCAAUCCAAUGGCAUGCGCUGAAUGCGGACAUCAUUGCGCCAAUCGUGCUGAGUCCUGGGUCCACACAGAGGCGACCGGGCACGCGGAGUUCUGCUCCAUACGAGGCAUCGAGAUGCUGGAGAAGCUCCACAAAUCGCGCCACGAGAUGACGAAGGAACUUGAACGGCUAAUUGGCAGACUCACACACGCGGACCACGCGGCGGGCUCGAGAGUUGGCAACACCCGAGUGCUUUAUCACCAGACGAGUCCGGCAGCUGCAGAGACGAUUCUGAGGUCCCAGAAAAUGCUUGCCGGCAACUCUGGCCUCGCUGGUGGUGGCAUCUACUUUGCUGAGACGAAGGAAGCCACCAACCAAAAGGCCCACCAACGUGGCGCCUUCCUCCGAGCCACGGUGCAUCUGGGCAGAGUCAAGGAGGUGAAUCGCUCGGCCGAGUCCACCACCUUGAGCUCCUUGAAACGCGAGGGCUACGACUCCGUAAAGAUCUUGGGCCGAGCCUCGGGCGCCGAAUAUGUGGUCUACAGCUGGGGCCAGGUCACCGACAUCCAACGGGUCUGAGAGAUGAGCACCGCUUGCAGAGGUAUAUUUGAUUUUAACAACUUGAGUUCGAGCUAAGUUGUUUUGUACAGCUGUCCUGGGAUUCGGGCUUUGGGCCUCUCAUGGGCCCAUCCGUGAGCCCAAUCACUUGGGACCCGGCUGCUCUCGGCAAGACUGCGGCAGGACCGAGCAAAGAGCCGAUGUGUUGAUUUCCC